AUAAUGUGUGGGAUUCCGCAUGAGUGAUUGGAUAAAUUCCAAUCACAUGACUAGCUUGACUUGCGGAUCACUCAUCAAACAUGGCGACGUCGGGAGAGGUUCGGUGAAGUGAGAGGAGCAUCAACCGGCGCGCUGAGACGGUGUUUGGAAGCAGAUUUUCUCUUCUUUGCUAGUAAAUUGGAAUAUAUGCAUGACACAAUGACGGGGUGGGUUCCAACAAAGGAGGCAAAGUAUGCUGUUGCCAUCUACAAUUUCAUUGGAUCUGGCCCCCAUGAACUAGCUCUUAGUGUUGGUGAUACUCUGCAGAUUGUAGAGGAAAGUGCAGGAUGGUACAGAGGAAGUAAUACAAGGAAUAGACAGUUGAAGGGCAUCUUCCCCAAAGGUUAUGUACAUAUCAAGGAAGCUUUGGUGGAGACCAUCGGUGAAACACACCAUGAAAGGGUGACACCCAAGGAGAUUCCAAUCGUUCAAGAAUUAACAGCAGUCCUAAGAGAAUGGGGGAUACUGUGGAAACAACUCUUUCUGAAGAGAGACAUAGAGAAGUACGACCUGGUGCACAAGAUGUUGUACGAGCUCAUCGACUGCCGACGACAGAUCAUGUCUGGGACUCUACCGGUGGAUGACAUCAAGGAGAUGAAACAGCAUGUUACAUCCAAGAUAGACUUCACUAACAGGAAGUUAGGCCUUGACCUUGUGAUCAGAGAUGAAGAGGGUAGCGUUCAGAAUCCCGCAAUGCUUAGCACGGUGGCGCUGCAUAGACUCCAUGAAGUGGCAACACAGAGAAUCAUUGGACAACAAGAAACUUCGUUCUUACAAAGGACAAAGAAGCAGAGCACUGUUUACACAUACAACCUGUACGUCAUGAUUAAGAACGUUGUAUGUAAGAUUGGUGAGAACUCAGAGGUGCUGAUGAGUCUCUAUGAUGGCAAAUUGUGUGAACACAUUAGUGAAUCCUACAUUGUAAAAUGGAGUAGUAAAGGUACGCCGACUGAUUUGAAUAAGCUGUACAACCUCAAGACUCUUUUCACAGAUCUUGGGGCGAAAGAUCUUCAAAGAGAAAAGAUCUUCCUUGUUUGUCAGAUCAUUAGAUUAGGUCGGAUGGAGUUAAAGGAAGGAGACCACAGCAAGAAGUAUACAACGGGACUAAGGAGACCAUGGGGUGUGGCAGCCAUGGAAAUCACUGAUAUCGUGUCAGGAAAGCUUGAUACAGAUGAAGAAAAACAGUACUUUCUGCCAUUCCAACCUUGCCCUGGUGAUGAUGGACUUGACAGUGUCAUCAGAAGGUUUGUACAAGCCAAAGAGGUCAAUCACAAAGGUCAAGGGAUAUGGGUCACUCUCAAAAUGCUGCAUGGAGAGGUCAAGCAGGUAUACAAAGAAUACCCUCAUCUGCUUGAUAGUAAGACAUCAAUCUCAAGAAAGAUGGGCUUUCCAGAAGUCAUUAUGCCAGGUGAUGUAAGGAAUGAUGUGUACAUCACAAUACUUCAAGGUGACUUUGACAGGGGAGCAAGGCCCAAAGCUAGAAAUGUUGAAGUCAAUGUAUCGGUGUGCACAGAGGAUAAUACUAUUCUAGAGAAUGCAAUAAGUCAAGCAUCAGGAGAGCCUGCAGACUCCAAGUACCGGUCUGUUGUUUACUAUCAGGUCAAGAAUCCCAAGUAUAAUGAAAUAUUUAAGGUUGCUAUUCCUAUCGAUCAGUUCUGUAAGAACAACACCCAUGUCAGGUUUACUUUCAGACAUAGAUCAGCAACAGAAGCCAAAGACAAGCAGGAGAAGAUAUUUGCCAUGGCCUACCUGAGAUUGAUGACAGAAAUAGGUACAACCAUCACCAAUGGAGUACAUGAACUCAUCGUCUACAAGUGUGACAAGAACCUGGAAUCGAACACGUCAUACCUAAACCUGCCGUCUACAAGACAAGAACUGAAAGCAUACGAGGACAGGAAUCAGACGCAUGCAUCUAUCCAUCAGAAGGGUCUGUCAAUAAGCAGCAAAGAUACGUUUCUACUAUCCACCGUGGUGUGCUCGACAAAACUAACACAAAAUGUUGAUCUUCUUGGAUUAUUGAAGUGGAGAGCUGAACCUGAUAAGAUUAGACAGAGUCUAGAAUCACUCAUGAAGGUCGAUGGUGAAGAGGUUGUCAAGUUUCUACAAGACACGUUAGAUGCUCUGUUUAGCAUCAUGGCUGAGAACCCACAGUCUGAAGAGUAUGACAGGCCUGUAUUCAAUGCUGUGGUGUUCAUCAUAGGGUUAAUAGCAGAUAGGAAAUAUCAGCAGUUUAGACCAGUACUGGAUACAUACAUCAAUGAACACUACAGUGUUACAUUUGCCGACCACAAACUUGCCAAGGUAUUAAAGGACCUAUUAGACAGUGCUGGUGAGCAAGACAGUCCUACGCAGCUUCUCCAAGCUCUCAAAGCCAUAGAGUAUCUAUUCAAGUUCAUUCUCAGGUCCAGGAAACUCUUUGUGGCUCUUCAUGGUGAGGCAACGGGUAAGCAAGGGUUUGAGUCUUCCAUAAGAGAGGUCUUCCGCUCCCUCAACUGGUUAAUGACAUACACAGAUGAUCUGAUGGUUCUAUGCCAAGGAGCUGCUAUGAGGUUCCUACCACAUAUCAUCAAGGACACCAUGCAACAGUUCAUCCCCAAAGAGCUUGCCAUACACCUGAAGGAGUUCAUCCUCAAUCUGCCUCCAGACCGUCUUGUCAAACAGAAGCUUGAGUGCCUCAGAGACUUUGUCCAGAGUGAGAUCUUCAAAGUCAGAGAAUGCAGAGCAGUACUUCUGCCCAUGAUGACAGGUCAACUCAACACGCUCAUCUUGAAGAGAGAAGAAAUGAAAUCAUGCGCUGAACUCUUCCAGGAGAUCCUUGAUACAUUAUGGCAGAAAGAAACGAAAUGUACCCAUGGUGACACAGCGGAGGUGAUGCAUGUAUUAUUGAGGACAGUUAUUCAAGCUGUCAUCUACAUGUACCUAGAGCAAGAUCUUGGUCUCAUCGGCAAGUAUGUUGCUUGUAUGAUAAGUCUCCUGAGGCAGAUGAGUGAUAUUCAUUAUCAGGAAUACAUCAAUCAAUUCCCAACCAGGACAGAUCUUACAGACUUCCUCAUGGAGAUAUUCCUAGUCUUCAAAGACCUUGUCUCUAAAAACGUCUUCCCCAGUGACUGGUCCAUGAUGAUCUUACAGCUCAACAGUGUAAUUCUUCUUGCGAUGAAGCAGUUUGCCCGAGUUCUUCAUCGCUCCUUUGUUCGCAUUGAGGACUUUGAGUUCCAGCUCUGGAAUAACUUCUUUCAUCUAGCUGUUGCUUUUGUUACUCAGGAUUCUUUACAGCUUGAGAAUCUACUACAGACAAAACGGAACAACAUCAUCGACAAGUAUGGUGACAUGAGGAGAGAGGUGUCAUUUGAGAUCAUCCGUACCAUGUGGAACUAUCUAGGGAAGAACAAGAUCAAGUUCAUCCCAGGUUUGAUUGGUCCAUUCUUAGAGGUUGCCCUGGUACCUGAGGUUGAGCUCCGGAAGGCUACCAUCCCUAUCUUCUUUGAUAUGAUAAACUGUGAAUUCAGCAUCAAGAAUAACUUCAAGAUGUUUGAACGAGAGAUUAUUGGUCAGCUAGACGCUCUAGUAGAAGGUGGACGGGGAGAUGAACAAUUCAAGGAUCUCUUCAAAGAAAUUCUGUGUGAUUUCUGUGGGAAGCAUCAGUACUUAAACCAAAGUGGAGUGCACUUUGUGAACCUGGUAACCAAACUGCUGGACAGACUACUGGACUACCGGGCUAUCAUACAUACAGACAACAAGGAGAAUAGAAUGAGCUGUAUUGUCAAUCUAUUGAACUUCUACAAGGACAUGGACAGACAAGAUAUGUAUACUAGAUACCUCUAUAAACUCUGUGAUCUACAUCUGGAAUGUGAUAACUACACAGAGGCUGGAUUCACGCUUCAGCUUCAAGCAGACAGGCUCAAGUGGUCAGAUUCACCAUUGCUGACAUCAAGUGACAAGUACCCGGAGGCGAUGACUGAUAGACAACUCAAGGAAGUACUCUACUAUGACAUCAUUGAAUUCUUUGAUAAGGGCAAGAUGUGGGAGAGGGGUAUUGCCCUAUGCAAGGAGUUAUGCAAUCAAUACGAGAGGGAAACGUUUGACUAUGUUCAGAUGAGUGAAAUACUGAGGCGGCAGGCUAACCUGUAUGAUAACAUCAUGAAGGUUCCGAGACCAUCACCAGAGUACUUCAAGGUCUGGUACAUAGGCCAAGCCUUCCCAGCGUUCCUCAAGAAUCGAGUGUUCAUCUACAGGGGGAAGGAGUAUGAGAGAUUAGCAGAUUUUGUUGCUAGGCAACAACAGCUGUAUCCGAGUGCAACCCUCCUUAACAAGACCACACCCCCUGACAAGGAGCUCUUUGAAAAUAAGGGCCAAAUUCUUCAAAUCGUACCUGUGCAACCCAAACGAGAUACUAAGAAGGAAUUCAGAGGAAAGAACAUCAGUGAACAGAUUCUGAGCUACUACUCAGUGAAUGAAGUACAGAAGUUCACCUACUCUAGACCGUUCCAUAAAGAACAGAAAGACAGAGAGAAUGAGUUCAAGACUAUGUGGAUAGAGCGGACACACUUCACAACGGAGUAUAAGCUACCUGGCAAUCUCAGAUGGUUUGAGGUGGUAGAAUCAUGCACGGAGGAAUUGAGUCCAAUCCAGAAUGCCAUUGAGAACAUGGAAGACGUGAAUCGUAAGCUGAGGGCGCUAAUCAUCCAGCAUGAAGAAGAUCAGAACCUUCCCAUCAACCCCCUGAGUCUCCAGCUCAACGGUGUCAUCGACUCGGCCGUCAUGGGUGGACCGGUCAUGUAUGAAAGGGCAUUCUGUGUUGAGGAUUAUGUAGCACAGCAUCCUGAGGAUAGCAUUCAUAUAUCUAGGCUCAAAGAGCUCUUUGCUGAGCAGAUCCCGCUGGUGGAAUUAGGGUUGACGUUACACAGAAACAAGAUGUCAGAGGACCUACGACCCUUCCAACGAAAGAUGGAAGAUCAGUUUCAGAAAAGAAGAUCGAUCGUUGAAGAGCGUUAUGGCAAGAAGUUGAUAGAGCACUUUGCGUUGACACCCAACGACAAGUUAAUCCAGUCUUUUGCUAGACGACACUCAAGAGGACAGACAUACUCGGGGCGCCCUCUAUCAUCCAUGUCAACCUCAUCAACAUCUUCGGACACACAAGGUUCCCGUAGUAGUAUCAUCUCAAAUCCAGAAAAAGAUAACAGCUACCUAAGUGUUCCGCAGAAGCUGACCAAUAAACAUCGGUCACUGUCAAAUCUCAGUUCCCAACCAUGGCUUAAAAGACAAUUAUCUUUGUCAAAUAUAAACACCCAGACUAGACUUAUUAGGCAAUACUCAUUACCCAAUCAGAGCAUAUCAAGCAAGUCGUCAGACAGGCACAACAGCAAGGGACAAGGAAGCCCUAGUAGGAACUCACCGGCCAAGAUGCAUCGGAACAGUAGAGAUCUAUCAACAGAAGACCUUGGUUCUAUGGCAACCACACCAUCCAAGGAGACACAGAAGCCGAUCAUCCUAGAUGAAAAGAACUACAUGCCACUCUUCCAACAGGGUUUUUCUCUUUGUAGACGUAGGAAGUCAUCAAGCUCGCUUUCAAGUGCCAGACCAUUGAGAAAGGAUAUGAAGAAAGCUAACCAUGUUCCAAUGCAGAGACCCAUUAGAGCAAUGACUAUGCAUGCAAUGAACCAGUCAUCAUCCACGUCUUCUCUCCAGUCGUCAGAUGGGGACAGUGACGCACCCCCUAAGUUGCCCCCAAAGCAAUCCAGUGGUGAUUUCAGUCAAACCGAGGUCAUCGAUCAGAACAACCCUCCUCCAAAACCUGCAGGGUUUCCAGUUGCUUUCACCCCCCUCAAAGAUAAGGACCAGUCACCUCCUCCGCUGCCCAUCAAAGGAUCAUUAAACAACACACCUCCUAUCAGUAGAAAGGACUCAAAACCUUUGGACCAUAUACAGGAUUCCUUGACCAAUGAACCUCCAGAGAAACCCUGACAGAAACUUUCUGUCAUCCCAAGGACUUAAUAAGUAUAUGAUCUCUGAAAGGAAUCCUAGAUUGAACCUUCAAAGAAACAUCAAUAAUGCCUCUUAAUGGCUAGGAAGACAGACAACCUUAAGAUCAUGGAAGGGCUCCUUGACCGAUGGAUAUCCGCAAAACCUUGACCAAAUUAACUAGUCGUCCUCAAGGACUUACAGGUGUAUAAUCACUUGAAGGAACCUAAGACUGAACUUCUGAGAAUCCUCAAAGAUGCCCAUUAUUAAUUAAAAGGAUAGAGAAACAAGACCACAUUGACAAAUCCUAGAGUGAUUGAGUACCACUGAAACCAAGAUAUUCAUUACAAGAAGGAAGGGAUCACUAAUAUGCACAAAGAUUCUGUACCAAUUAACAUCCACAAAAACCCUGACAGAUGCAUUCCGUAAUCAGGAAGGAAUAUGUCUCAGUUCAUAUGAAAGAAAUCCUAACCAAUGAACCUCACCAGAAGUGUUGGGAGAAGUGUGUACUCAGUAGAAGGAAUGCUGACAGCUGCUAUCUGAUAGCCAGAAAGACAUAUCUUUAUGACCACACAAGUUAUCCUUGAGAAAUAGGCCUCUGGACAUCUACAUGUAUUACAUGAACCCUAUAUGAAUCAAUAGGAAGGUUGUACAAUUUUCAAACCUUAUGCAAGGAGCCUUGAACAAUGAAUAUUUGAAAAAAAACCUGUUCAACGCUACAAAUACCAUUAAUGCAAGUUUUUGCCAAGUUAUGGCAUCGAUAGAUAUCUCUUUCUUUUGUUGUAUUUUCCAGGAUGGUACAAGUUGUAUGGUUUGAGGCAGAAUACAGUCAAGCUGAGAUUUGCAAGUCAUAAUGCUGCCAAAUGAAGAAUAAAAUCUCCCUGAUACUUUAUAUUUGUUACUCAUCCUAAGGCAGGUCGCAAGUGACCUCAAGGCCGUCCUUGACUCCAUCCCUUGUUUCAGCUCUGAAUCAAUAAUUGAAUUCUAUCUGUUAGAAUGUCUGGUGCUUUGAUAAAAUGGUGUCCUAUCAUAUGUACACCUAUCCUGGAUUUCCAGGUUUAGUCUCGAUCAUGUAAACCUUUUCUCAAUAAUAAGCAUUAAAAUCCUGUUUAUCCACAGUGUUAAAUGAUAUGUUACUUGUGACUGUAUUUUAUCCUAUUGGCAUUACAUUUAACUAUAUUAUUCUUAUUUACAUUAUAUGAUUUCAAUAGCCAAUUCAAUGUAUUGAGAUUGAACAGUUAACAUGGAAAAAAAAUACUAAAAACACAUUUAAACAAAUUUUGAAAUACUCCGAGUCCCCGCUUGCACACUUCUUAUUGGUUAAAAAUCAAGUUGUGUUUGAUUGACCCUCUUUGUGAAACCGACUCGGGAUUGUGAAAACUUUAUUUAGGUAAAUCACACAUUGUCAAAAACAAAAAGCUUUGUUUUCAAAACAAAAGCAAAAUUGCUUUAAAAUUUUAUAAUCAUUCCCAUGGUGCUUCAUAUUGUGAGAAGCGAAAAGACUAUUGGAAAUCCCUGACAUGUCUUUCUAAAACCUUUGAAGACAAUUUUUUUGCUCAUAUAUUUUGUUACAGUGUACAAAAUGGUUCAUUUUAGUUGAUUUUUCAGGUCUUCAAUUGCCAUUCACAUGAUUUUCUCAGAUAGGGCGAAGGUGACUUGAUGCACUGACAAACUGCUUGGAACUUUGAACAACAUUAUGGUUGAUUUUCAAGAAUUAAGCUCCUGAUUUUGUUGAUAACAGUGGUGCAAUCAUUGCAGUUCUUUCCUGGUCUUUGUCAACUUGUAUUUUAUGAAGUGGUAUUUCUUAGUUUUCAAUCAGGUUUCAUAAAAAUCACAUUUUCUGCCUUAUUGCCUCUUUUUCUAUUUAAUGACUAUUGGUUGUGGAGGAAGAAAUUUGACAGUGAUAUAAUGUUCUUUCAUCAGCUGAUAACCAGGACCUCAUGACACAAAGCUUGGCAAUCGAUUGUAAUAAUGGAUUGGUACGAUUGAUUGCAUAUGAUGAUUAGUGCAAUCAAUUGUGAAAAAUCCGUCUUACAAUCAAUCCAUUAGCCUUGUGUUACCAACCUUGUAUAGUGUUUGGCCGCAUCUCAUUUUCCCUUUGAUUUAAAAAACAGGGUCAUUAAGUAAGCCAAUACAGCAAAAAUAAAAUAUUACAGGUAACUUGCAUCAAGCUGCAUUUAUGUCAUUUGUUGAAUGAAUUGUGCAAAUGUUGAAAAAAAAUGUCACCUCUCAAUCUUAUCUUAUGAGAAAAACAAUUGACUGAAUGAAAUCAAUGAUUGUUAUGUUAAUCCUUGUAAUGUAUGGGAAUUAAUGUAAAUAUAUCUUAUUUACUGAACAGUACAUAAUGGUUAUGGUGCAGAGUAUUGUUUUUUUAUAUGUGAAUAUAUUUCUGUAUAUGUAUUGCACAUAUUUUGUUCUUACUGCUCUGAAUGUUACUCAACUUCAGAAGAACACAUGUAUUUUGAAAAGGGAUGUGCAAGAAAAGGAUAUUUAUAAUUGUAUAUCUUUGUAAUUCUGUUUUUAUUUGGAAAUAUGCAACUGGCCAAGGUCAAGAAUAACUCCAAUGUUUAGAUAUCUCUUGUGUGGAGGUAUUGUACCUGAUAAUGUGAUUAUGUGAGCAAUUAUCCAAAGAAAGAUAGGGAGAGGAUAUGAUUCUCUUCCUUAUAUGCUCUUGAAGGUAAUAAUAUGAGUGCACCACAGAGUUGUGUAUAUUAACAUGGACAGUUCACAUUAUCAUCAUUAAAAGGAAGACAGAGAGGGAGCCAUAUUGGAUUUCCUCUAUUGUACCUUACAUUAUGACCUAGAUUAAUUCCACUAGGAGAUAUUGCAUAUGCUCCUGAUUUAAAUGAAAUCUGUCAAACAUGGUGCUGCUGUCCAUUAAAAGCCUGAACAGGAUAGCAAGAAUUUGCUUCUAUGCGAACAGAAGUGAAUUAUUUUACUCCUAACAUUCCAAAAUCUCCUUAUUUCAUUUUGAGUUAUUGUUCCCUUUUUAUUUGUCUUUCUUGGCUACUUUCAUGAAGUGUAUUCAUGAGCUGUGAUAUGCUCCUACACUGAUUGGAUAUGAUAAGAUAUGUUCAGGACUCCUCCACCUCUCAUAGCUAAUUAAAUGAAACAGGAAUUAUUUCUCCGGUUAAAAAAACAUGAUGAGUACUAGUUUUGCUAGAAUACAUGUGUGAUGAUUUUUAGAUCGUCAUUAUGUAAAUGUAAAUACAAUUUAUGAUAUUAAACUUUUUUAGCAUCAAAUAUUAUUAUACAAACUUAUGAUAUUGUUUACUGCUUUUGAUUUUGUAUGACUGUAAUAGUGUCUUUGUACAUUGUUAAGAUAUCUUAUUUAAAAAAAUAUUAAUAAAUCAGCAUAUGAAAUGUGA